CGGAAUCCCCACGAAGUCGAAGCGGCUGCAGGAAACUCUUGCAGGAACGCGGUUCAGACGUGACAUGGGCUGUGUGACUGCAGAGCUCUGCUCGUGGGAAGUCCCAAGUGGCCGCGUGUUGGGGAAGGAGCGAAAAACAUAAUAAGAACAGCCCCCAGGUGGAUUCUGGUCUUGGGAGGGAGAGAGCCUGCGGCCCCUUUCCCCCCAGCUGUCUUUUUUCUAUGCGUGGGUCAGGCAAGAGGGAGAAGGAAAAGCCCAGCGCUAACUAUGUUGGCCGGGAGGAAAAAGUCCAGAAUCCACAGGAAGAAGGAGGUGGGGGGCGGGGGGAGAGGAGACUUCGCAACGCGUGCAAAUCAGAGCGAUUUUGCAGCAUCGGGACUGCGGGGCGGCUGCGUCCCCGCCCUAGCCAAGAUUUGGCGAAAAUGGGGGUCGGCUCCUUCGACGGCGUUUGUGGGCGCGGAGGGAGGGUCUUUGCAGCUGAGGGAACCAGGCUGUCACGCUAAGCCAUGAUCUGGUUUGUUGGGGCAUCGCCUUCCCCGUUAACAGAUGCAUAAAUUGGAAGCCUCUUCCGUCUACUUGUCUGGAAACAAAAGUAACAGCUAAGCAGAGAGGGCUGAAUAGCCUGAUCGGUCUUGUCCGGUCCGUUUUCAUGCAGUUCAGGUCUUGUGAAUGAAACGAUCUUUGGAGAUCCAGGAGCUCCGUUGGCCUCAUUCCAAGCUCUUUUAGAGAACAGAGUCGCUAUGGAUGCCCUGUUACUGGCAGGUGAAGGAGAUGGAAAGAGGCCUCAUUGUGCUUGGCCUGGGAGCUGUGGGGAAAUCUGGGAAAGAUCUGGGCAGGAGGUCUUGGAAGAGGAAACCAUCAUUUCAGAGAUACAUCACUGGCACUUCAGGAAUGUCCGCUACCAGAUGACCAAGGGACCCCGUGAGAUUUGCAGCCAACUCUCCCACCUUUGUCGUCAGUGGCUGCAGCCGGAAAAGCACACCAAAGCCCAGAUGCUGGACCUGAUGGUCUUGGAGCAGUUCCUGGCCGUCCUGCCCCCCGAGAUAGAGAGCUGGGUGAGGGAGUGCGGAGCAGAGACCUGUUCCCAGGCCGUGGCCCUGGCUGAGGGCUUCCUGCUGAGCCAGGCAGACAAGAAGCAGGAAGAGUUGCAGAUCCAGAGGUCCUUCAUGGAGGCAAUUGCUGAAUGUCCUGAUGGAAGGAGGGAUGGUCCCUCACAUCCAUCUCAGAGGGCACUUUUGGGGGGCUUCUCCAAGGAAGAUCACAGUCAGGACACCUCACUAGGAAGCAGAGAGAUGUCGUUAGCAUUUAUAGGACCAUCUCCUUUUUCUGGUAGAGUCAAAAGAGCAUCUGAACCUCCAACACAGUCUCUCGUGUCCUUCAAGGAGGUGGCUGUCCAUUUCUCCAAGGAGGAGUGGUCUCAGCUGGAUCCUCACCAAAAAGCCCUCCAUAAGGAAGUCAUGCUAGAGAAUGCUAGACAUGUGGCCUCUUUGGUCCUCAACCAGAUCUCAUCUCCUGGCUGGAAGAAAGAAAAUCCAGUCUUCUCCUGCUCCAUGGAAGGGAAGAGAUCACGUGUUGCCUCCUUAGGAUCCAAAGGACAAGAGGAUGAGAUGGAACCAUUCCAGAUGUUCAGUGAGAAACAGCGUAAGGAGAUAUUUGGAAAUCGAAUGGAACCCAAAAGCCCUGGAGGAACACUAUCAAGAAACAGAAGAAAGAAAAUCUCCACUGUCCAAUGCACUCAAAUUCAAGAUUUCUUUGUGCAAGAAGAUGGCAAAGGAAAAGGACAGAGGAAAUGUUUAAGGGAAAGUGUGAAAAUAUGUGAAGAUGUAAUAGAUUUAAAUCAACAUUCCAGAACACAUAUUAAAGAAGAACAGUAUGGAUGCAGGGAGGAUGGACAAGAUAACCAACAGACUUCGGCUCUUUCUUUACAGAAAAAAAUGAACGUGGGAGAGAAACCUUAUGAAUGUAGUGAGUGUGGAAAAAGCUUCAGCAAGAGUAUUUCUCUGACUUCCCAUAAAAGGAUCCACUCAAGGGAGAAGCCAUAUAAAUGUAUGGAAUGUGAUAAGAGCUUCAAUAAAAGCAGUUGCCUUAUUUCCCAUAAAAGGAUCCAUACAGGGGAGAAACCUUAUAAGUGUAUGGAGUGUGGGAAAAGUUUCAUUGACUGUAGAGGUCUUAAUUCUCAUAAAAUAAUCCACACAGGAGAAAAACCUUAUCAGUGCAUGGAGUGUGGAAAAAGCUUCAGGUGGAGCAGUGUCUUUAAUUCCCAUAAAAGGAUCCAUACUGGUAUGAAACAAUAUAAAUGCACUGAGUGUGGGAAGAGAUUCAGAUGGAGCAGCACCUAUAAUUCCCAUAAAAUAAUCCACACGGGUGAGAAACCAUAUAUGUGUACAGAGUGUGGAAAAAGCUUCCGUGACUCAAGUUCUCUUACGUCUCAUAAAAGGAUCCACACGGGAGAGAAGCCAUAUAAAUGCAUGGAAUGUGGGAAGAGCUUCAGGUGGCGAAGUGCCUUUAAUUCCCAUAAAAGAAUCCAUUCUGGUAUGAAACAAUAUCAGUGUACUGAAUGUGGGAAGAGGUUCAGGUGGAGCAGUGCCUUUAAUUUCCAUAAAAGGAUCCAUUCUGGUGUGAAACUAUAUCAGUGUACUGAGUGUGGGAAGAGGUUCAGGGGAAGCAGCACCUUUAACUGUCAUAAAAGGAUCCACACAGGAGAGAAACUGUAUAAAUGCAUGGAGUGUGGGAAGAGCUUCACUCAGAACAGUCAACUUACUUCUCAUAAAAGGAUCCACACAGGGGAGAAACCAUAUAAGUGCAUGGAGUGUGGGAAGAGUUUUACUCAGAGCAAUCAACUUGCUUCCCAUAGGAGGAUCCACACAGGGGAAAAACCAUAUAAAUGCACAGAGUGUGGAAAAAGAUUCAUUGAUUGCAGAGGCCUUAGUUCCCACAGAAGGAUCCACACUGGAGAGAAACCUUAUGAAUGCAUGGAGUGCGGAAAGAGUUUCAGUACAAACAGUUCUCUUACUUCCCAUAAAAGGAUCCACACAGGGGAGAAACCUUAUAAAUGUGUGGAAUGUGGAAAAAGCUUCAGCACAAACAGUUCUCUUAUUUCUCAUAAAAGGACCCACACAGGGGAAAAACCAUAUAAAUGCAUGGAGUGUGGAAAGAACUUCAGCACAAACAGUUCCCUUACUUCUCAUAAAAGGAUCCACACAGGUGAAAAGCCAUAUAAAUGCAUGGAGUGUGCAAAAAGCUUCAAUACAACCAGUUCUCUUACUUCGCAUAAAAGGAUUCACACUGGGGAGAAACCGUAUAAAUGUAUGGAGUGUGGAAGGAACUUCAGAAAGAGCAGUGAUCUUACUAUCCAUAAAAGGAUUCAUACAGGAGAGAAACCAUAUAAAUGCUUGGACUGUGGAAAGAACUUUAGAGAGAAGAGAUCCCUUAACUCCCAUAAAAGAGUCCAUUUGAAGGAAAAACCUUAGAAAUUCAUGGACCUUUGGAAAGUUCUUCAGUCAAAGCAUUCAUCUUAGUUCUCAUCAGUGAGUCUUCACAAAUGAAGUAAUAUAAAUCUGAAAUUCCAGACUGAGAGCUGCACUUGAAGCCAGGGAACUAUAUAUAUAUAUAUAGAGGGACCAAAGCAACAGAAGAUAAUAGGAUUUUCUUUAAAAUCAUCAUCAUUGUCAUCACUUUCUCCCCCCUCUCCCCUUGAUAUUAUUAAUAACGGCAGUGUUGAAGAAAUCCUAUUAGUAGCAUAUCAGCAUCAUCUUUGGUCUGCCAAGAAUGCUGUCGGUAUUUUAAAAAAAUUUAAAUUAGACUUUUAAUAUUCGAUUUAUUCUUUUAUAUAAAGUUUGAUUUAGUUCAUAUCUUGGGAGAUUGAUCUUUCUCCCAUUGAAGGGCUGAACCUCUAACCAUACACCUCAGCAUUAUAUAGCCAGGAGGUGACAGUAUAGCAGUUAAUCCAUUAUUUCAUUUUUUUUAACUUUUUACCAUCAGCCAGAGAGCAGGAAGUGGGAGAUUUCUGAGGAAGACCCCAGAUGAGUUAGGUGGUAGCCAUGAGAACUACUAAGCACCUAUCCUAAGGGGUAGAACACAAUCAGUGACUGAAGAGCCAGAGCACUUCUAGGAUAAGCAGCUUGAGACCCCCACCCUUCCACCCUUGGGAUUGUGUUGUGCUGCUAUAGUGUUCCACCAGGUAGCUGUGAAAGUUGAAGGUAUAGAAUUGUAUCCUUGUAUUGUAUUGAGAGAUAUUUCAGAUACGCUAUUUGAAGACCUAGCUCUCUAGAGAAAGCUCUAAUGCUGGGAAAGGUGGAAGGAAAGACAAGAAGAGGACAACCAGCACCAAGAGGGAUGGACUCAGUUGCAGUGGCAAUGACUGGAUCGUUGGAAGACGUGAUGGACCAGAUUAUCAUGGAGGAGAUGAUGAUGGAUCAGAUUGUCAUGGAGAAAACCUAUGUGGUUGCUAAGAGUUGACAGUAACCUGAUGGUGUAUUGACAGAUACUCAGCAUAUUUUUUUUAAAAAAAGGAGGGGGGUUGCUAGCCCUAUGAGAUGGAGUAAAUCAGAAUAUUAACUCCACAGAAAGAUUAGAAUUGUGCAUUAUUAUUGUCAGCCUUCCCAGGUAGACCACACAGGAAAUACAACCAGAUGAGAUAAUUCUACUUUACUGUAAGGCUACAUUAACAGAAUCUUGUAAGUCUGAAAGUAUAAAUCUCCUCCUGUCUCCUUUACAGCCUGGGAAGCAAUGAAGGGUCCCUUCAUAGGCUCUUUCUCCACUCAUUAUGCAGCUGCGGGCUAUGCCCUCUCUUAUCUGACAGCAUCUCUUCACCCCAUCCUUCAAAGUCUUUCU